UCCCGGCGCACAGAGAGUGAUCAAUAAAUAAGGCACUUGUACUAGGCCUCAGUCGUCGCACAGUUCUCACAGCCUCCCAACGCGAUCCUCCGCCAGUUCGUUAAUCUAAUUUAACGAAGUUCAUCUUUUACAAUUGCGAAGACAUGUCGACGACAGCGCUCGGGAUCAGCGCCCUCUUCAUGGUGGGCUGCUGUGCUCUGGCCCAAAUCGCUCGGGUGAUCUGCCGGCGACUGGUGACCCGUGAGGGCUUGGUUCCCAUCCUCAUCAACGAGGCCAUCGCCGCCGCCGAGCUGUGCGCCUGCUGCUUCGAGCUGAUUAUUGUGGCCGACAACUUCGGAGUGUCCAUGUACGCCGUCUGCCUGUUCCUGCUGACCAUCUGGUGGGGCCGCGUGUGGGGCGACGCCUCCGCCUGCCCCUACACCCACAUGGAGGACGUGGUGGAGGGUCGCACCAGCUUCAAGGAGAUGGCCCUGCGCAGCUGGGCCGAGCUGAUGGGCGGCUGCUGUGUGUACCGCGUGGUGCAGGUCUUCUGGUGGCUGGAGCUGGCCGAGACCCAUCGUGGACGGGCGUUCGAGGCCUGCAACGCCGAUCUGCAGGUCAGCCCCUACUUGGGGGCGGUCAUCGAGGGCGUGGCCACGCUGCUGUGCCGCCUGGCCUCGAAGACGAUCAGUGAGAAGGAGCCACGGUUCGGGAGCUACAUCGACUCCUUCAUCGGCACCAGCCUGGUCGUGGCAGCCUUCAACUUCUCCGGCGGCUACUUCAAUCCCGUCCUGGCCACCGCCCUUAAGUGGGGCUGUCGCGGCCACACCCACCUGGAGCACAUCAUCGUCUACUGGAUUGGCGCUUGUGCUGGCGCCGUGCUCUCCAUUCCGGUCUUCAAGGUGCCCGCGGUGCGACGCCUCCUGCUCGGCGAGGAGGCGGCGUCCAAGUCCAAGUCGAAGCAGGAAUAAGCCCGAAAUUCAGCCCUUUUAUUUCGCGUAUCCGCCGAUAUCUAGGUAGACAUGGCAUGUCGAAUACGAUAUGGAAUGCUAUUGUUUGGGGCACCGACUACACAGUUUGAGAUUCCCUCCACCCUCUUUCCUCUUACAAAAGAGAACAUCAUCGCUCCAUGCUGAGCUAUAUUAAAUUAACAUUCUGGCGCACAUGAACAGAAGGAAUUGGGCUUUAAUAUAUACAUAGAAAAUAUAUAUGUGUAUAUUUAUAUGUAUUCUGUCACUAUGCACUAUAUCACUAUGUCACUAUAAGUAGAACAAAUUUGUUAAUGUUUUGCGAAAAACAAUAAAAUGUAUACAAGCAUCAUGUUGCCGAAACAUUAGUUGCGGAUGCACCCGA